GUGCCUUGCUGUUACUGCAGUAGUGAUGCUGUGCGUGUGCCCACCCGCACAGGAAGUUUGUGCUGCCCGGGGCAACCACUAUAGCGUCUCAGUAGCUAGCAGGAAGCCGGACAGUGACGCUCGCAGCUUCCCGGAGAGCAGAGGCAGAGCCGCGCUGGGGCCACGUUUAGUAUGGAUUCUACCAAUUUCAAAGUGGAAGGAGAAUAUAUCAAGAACCUGCAGCAGCAAAUCUACUUCCUUGAACUGGAGGCAAAUUUCCUUCGUGAGCAAACUAAAAAGUCCACAGACCUCCUACCCCGACUCUCACUGGAAGCAGAGCACCUGUUCAGGAAGUUGUCGGAGCUUCGUUCUGAUCUUGAAGGUCUGAAACUGGAAGGGAAACGUAAGGAUGCAAAUUUACUCAUGUUACAUCGAGAUCAAGAACAUGUCAAAGGACUGAUCCAAGAAGCAGAAGCUUCCCAUUCUAAAGAAAAGCACCAGGCGGUAGAAGAAAUUGUUCAACUGAAAAAAUUGAAGGAGCUCAAUGACAGACACUUGUCUAAAAAAGAGAUGGAGAUAAUUCACAGCAAGCAGGAGCUGGAACGUGAGGUGGUCAACUUGACUAACAGUGAUCAGAGAGUACAUGCUCUCCAGAUACAGCUGAAGCAAAGAUUGGAACAGCAGAAAGAGAUGGAAAACCAGCUGUCACAGAAGAGAAUUGAGCUGCUGAAGCUGAAUUCAGCCAGGCAUGAAAUAGAGGAAAAGCUGAUUAAACACGCGUCAUCAACCCAGAACCAGCUCACAUUUGAUUUACGGAAUGAAAUAAGUUUCCUCCACCAGCAACUGCGUGAGAAAGAUCUGCUGUCUGAACAGGAGCGUGUACUGAGACAGAAAAUGAUGACCGACUGUGGAGAGCUCACUAGUGAGAACAAUGCAUUGCAUGCACAACUGUUGGAGCUCACAAAACAACUGGAAAUUCAAAGGGCACUUAAGGAAGAGAAUUAUACCCACAGUUCUACAAGCGUUGCUCAGCUUUACAGUGUCAAAGAGAGAGAAGAGCAGCUCAGCAAGGAGGUGAAAUGGCAGCAAGAACUCCUGCAGCAGCAGAAGGAACAUUUUAACGAUCUGAUGCUGCAGAUUGACUCACUACUUAAAGGAAACAACCUUCAAGACUUACACAGCACCACUUUAAGUAGCCAGAUUGCUGAACUGCAAGCUAUUUUAGCCAAAGAGGAGCAAAGCAACACUGAAUUACGGAGAGACAAGACAUUACUAGUCGACCACGUAUCUAACUUGCAAAACCAGAUAGCAAAUAAGGAGAAUGAACUGCUCCACAUUUCUUUAAGAAUAGAGGCAUUGGACAAACGUGUAUCAGCUGUGAAGUCUGAGCAGUCUCUGCAUCGGUCUCUGCAGCCUGUCAGAUGGAACGAGAUCUCAAACCUGGCUGACUCCAUGAAAAAACUAUCCAGAUCUUUAACUGAUCCUUCUUUUUAAAAGUUAUAGCACAUUCUCCCUCACAGCUAUUCUAGAAGGAAUUAGAAUCCCGCUCAUUUCAUGUCCCCAUAAGAAUUCUCAAAUGUCAAAGAGAAAAAGAAAGAUGACUCCUUUUUUUGGUGCACUCUUAGAAAAAAACAAUAU